UCGAUAAUUCCGCGGUCACACUGCCGAAGACGCCGAAAAAACGCUUUAAUUUGAGAAAAACCUCGGAUUUACCCCGAAUUUUCCUGGAUUUUCAUUAGAUAUAUGUAUCUGUGGAAGGACUUUCAAAACGCGAGUGCUGUGGUUUUAUACGCAAAAAAAACGCACUCGGAAAAGUGUGUGAAAAAGCGAAAAUGUGUCUCCACCAGCGAUAACGGUACUUUAAUGUGCUCUCUCUUGACAAAAGAUGAGCCGACAGCCGCACCUAUAAAAGUGGGCGUUAGGUGUGCGUUCGGAGAUGAAAAAAACAAUUGUUUGCUUGAAAGUUUGCAGCUUCCCCUGAUUGUUUAAACAAAUUCUGGGAUAAAUAAAAAUAAAUCCUGUGGAAAUACCAAUACACACUUAUAUAUACAGGCAAACGCACACUUGCACACGCACACUUACGCAUGACAUAAAGGCAGAGAGAGAAAAAAGAAAGAACGAAAGGAACAAGAAGCUCCAAGCAGCAUCGGCGCGUUGGUGAGAUAUGCGGGAAGAGAAGAUUGAAAAUAAACGUGUAGUAGAGAAUUUUUGAGACACACACACACACACAUCCGCCCACCCACACACGUUCUCUCAUCACACUCACUCUCUCUCUCUUUCUUUGUGUCAUUUGCUUCAUCCUUCUCUCUCGCUACUAUCCCGUUUGCCGCCCACUUACAAACCCACACACCCACCCACACACACCACACUGUAGUGUAUAUAUAUAUGCGCGAGGAGUGUAAGCUUUGUUGUUUCUGCUGCUACUGCUGCUCUUGUUAGCCGCCGCCACGGUGGAGGCUGCUUCUGCUGAAGCGCAAAUGGCAGACCCUCUGAGCGGUCGCUGCUUGUGAGAAUGUCGUAAUGGCCAGAGAGGAGUCUCGCGGCAAGAGACCACUGAAAAUCUGGGACAGUUGGCGGAAUGUGCGUAAAGGCGUUGUAGUUGGCACAUUUGAGGAGCUAUUGGUGCGCGGCAAGGACAAGUUGGGGGUUCCUGCUUCAGAACCAGUGCGAGUUGUUCUGGAGUGCGAUGGAACCCAAAUUGAGGAUGGCGAAUACUUUCGCACCCUGGCCAACAAUACGGUCUUGUUGCUGUUGAGGCAGGGCGAACGUUGGUAUCCAACUGGAGUGGAUGUCAUAAAGGCUGCCAUAUCAGCUAUACCGAAAAUCGUCUGUGAGACGAUUCAUGCACUGGAACUGCACGAUGAGACACCAUCGUGGAAGAUUAUGGAUAACAAAGGGCGUGUCACGGUCGUCCUGCACUGGGAUCAGCGGCAGGGUGGCGGCAGCAGUGGUGGAGGAGGUGGUGGUGGUGGUGGCGUCGGCGGUAAUGUAUGCUCCGGCCUGGGCAGCAGCAAUGGGCUGCUCUCCUCCGACAAGUAUUCGCCCUCGAAGAAGGGCCUCUCCGCACAGAGUUCGCUGGACAACAAGUCGGUGUCGUCGCAAUCGUCGCAGCCGCGCUAUGCCAGCCCACAAAUAACGGUGAUCAGCGACGAGGGACCGGCGAGUAUAUACCAUCCCGGCGGAGUGGUCCUGCCGCCAGGAGUUGUGAUACCCGGCGGCAGCAGGCGCCUCUCCAAGCAGGGCAGCUCCUUUGACAGCACCGUGGGCGUGGGCGCUGUGCAUGUGCACACGCCAGAGUGCGCCCAUCAUGCCCAUACGCCCAGCAGGGCUGGCAGCCCCAGCACCACGGAAUGCGACUUCCACUGCUGCGCACUGCACGAGGAGGGGCGCAAGAUAGCCGUGCACAAGAGCGUGGCCACGUCGCCCAUCCAGGAUGGGAGCAGCAGUCCCCAGCCGGCAGCGACGCUGGCCAUGUCAUCAUCGGUUAUGGAUCCUAUGCUGGGCGGCAGCGGCAGUAUGCGACGCUCCUCGGGCACCAAGGGUCACGUGCGCUUCCUGGACAUUGCCCCCGAGCGGGACAGCUCCGAGAGCGAAACGGAGAACACGGUGAUGGAGGACGAUAAGACGACGACCGAGAAAUUUCUGCUGCUGAUCGAUCAGUUAUCAGUGGACCAGAAGCGUCAUCUGAGCAUCAAGGACAUCGGCAUCAUACUGGAGCGCCUCAACUCCAAGAUACUCGACGUGGAGCGUCUGGAUCGCGAGUCCGAGUCGGAUGACUGCUACAACUGGACGAUAAAGGCGACAAUACGCGGCGAUGCACUCCGCGAGCUGGGCGUCAUCUACAAUGGCAACUACUAUGCCAUAUCCGAGCAUCCCGGCUAUAAGGAGGAGCUCGAGGAGAACGGCGAAGAGGUCGAGGAGGAGGAAGAGGAGGAGGACGAGGAGGAUAGAAUUUAAAUGAAACCAGAUACGGGCAAAUGCAAAAAACACACAACACCCAUUCAUAGUCACAUUUGCAGAUAGAUAAUGCUCAGAUCAGAAAAGGUAUCAAUAAACUAGCGCAUUUUACAAGUGAAAAAUUAUAGGAAAACGGGAGGCUGCAUCUAACACAGACAGACACGAGACGAACAUACAUUACAUAUAUAUAUAAAAGAAAAAUUAAUAUGAGAAUAUAAUAAUAAUGCAAGUCGCACAUUGUACAAUAGUGAAGUAAGCAUAAACUAAAUUCAGUCCCCAAAAAAACACACACAAGACACGAAGACAAAAGGUAAACCCCUUUUACCCAUGGGUAAACGCAGUUUUUGUAGCAUUUAGCGAGUGAAUUAGCGAUAUUGAAAACGAUGAACCGAACCCCCAAAAACAAAAACCACAAAAACAAAGAGCACUUUUUGCAUAAUAUCGCGCCUCCCCCCAAUAACACACACACCAAACCGAUUCUCACCCCA